GACUGCGCGGCCGGACGUCAAGGCAGCGGCGGGGAAGGCAGAGCGUGCUGCGUCCAUCGAGAGUGCGCGCGCAACGGCUCCACUCCUGCAGGAGCGCGCUCCCUCAGGAAAAAUGCAGAAUUCUUUCUCCUCUGUUAGUAGCGCCGAUCGUGUGCGCUCAUUGCCUCCUGGAUUUGCAUCACUCCCUAGAGGCGUGGUGUGGAGCGGCGUGGCGACGACGUGUCUUCGUGUGUCGUAACUCAAGCUGAGCGAACGAACGGGAGGCAAAGGAAGAAUUUAGCAGACACGUUGACGAAUGUGUGUGCCGGCGGCCGGGUGGUACGGUCAGAAGAGGCAACUAAGUUAUGCGCAAUGCACGCGUCACCACAUUGUGCAUGGAUUUCUUUACCUUUCUGUUCAGUGACAACCGGAUACAAGAUCGCACCCACUUUUUCUCGGCUCUCUGGGAACAUCACGGAAACUUACUGGACCAUGCACACAAUAUGCCUGCUCUUAUAAGCUCAGAGCGCGACACGGAGCUGCAUCUGCAAACUCUACGCGGCAUCGAUAGAUCGAUAAACAACACGUUACGUCGAUUAUCGCUCAGUGAUCGCAAUCAGCGCCAUGACCAUCGCACGAAGAUGCGGCGCCAACGUCGCCGGCGCUACCAACAUUAAAGUAGACAGACGACCAUGACUAUUCUGCGCCUUUUCAUAAGAGAACAGACAACAAAUAAUGACAAACUCAUGAACUAUACCGCCGUAUGGACAAAAAAAUCCGGUUACCAUUCGCUUAGUUCUGAGGAAUCAUAUCAACCUCAGUACUCUUUAGAUUAAAAGAUUUUAAUAAUUCAAUGAACAAUAGGAAAAUGUACUCUAGUUGUUAAAAGGCUAUUCGGCACGAAAAAUAAGUUUUUUCUCCGCCGCUAGAAGCAGUAGCACGGUAAAGAUAAUGCCUGACAUUUUGAAGAAGGCGGAAAACUUUGAGGUACUCCAAAGAUUUUGAGGAAAGGUAUGAUCAGCUUUCGAGGCGCAGCUUUAAAGUUUCGCGAAAUAUGUGUAUUAGCAAACGGUUGAAUAUUGUUGAAUAUAAGAUAUAUUUUUGAAUGGGCGAAUAUUGUUGAAUAUGCGCGAAUAUGAAUGAUGUCUAACCAAUUACCGCAAGCUUGUAUACUGAAUAUUCAAAGUUGUUAAUCCCUCGCACUUCUGUGCGAAAUCAGGCACAAACUCGUAAAAUGCUGGAUGACGAAUUUCUCUGAGCUAUCAGAAGCCUUUUUUCGCGGUUAGUCGAGCUGUUUCCCUUUACUGUUUUUAGGCGUAUCUCGCGGUUUGUAAAGCGGCAGCUGUCUCUAUUGGUGGUAGGAAGUGCUGCGGGAUAGAAAUGGAGCCGAUUGAUGCCGUGAAGCAGCUGCCGAUGAGAUAACACGACGCGUUCACGUGACCCUGUCCUUUUUCUUCGUUUCCCUCACGCUUGGGCCGGUCUCGCAGUGCGCCCUGACUCACAAGUAGGCACACUGUUGAACCGAUACGAGUUCCUGAAAGGAAAGGUUGGACAGUACCAAGUCCAACCUCUCUGUUUAAAAAUAGGCGAGAAAGCGCUAGAAAUAAAAUUUCUUAAAUAUCAUAUUUUCCUCAAAAGCUACUAGAUUUGCAUACGCCACGCAAGGAAGGUCAGUGCAUACAGACAGACAAGCAGAACGAUUUUUUGUCGGUUACACUGGAAACGCAAGUGUGUGAAUGUCGCACACUUGCAGGUGUGUGAAUAUUUAUUCGUACACUUAGGGGUUAGACGUGUGAAUUUUCUAGGAAAAAUUCACACGUUUACCCCCAUAAGUGUACGAAUAGAUGUUCAAAAACCUGCAAGUGUGCGACAUUCACACUCUUGCGUUUCCAGUGAUGUGGAAUAAUAAUGGACUUUUGACAUAGCUCAGCCAACAAAUUCGUUUCACUUAACACUCUUGUAAGUCUUGUCUCAUGCAAUGGGCUGGCUAGUGCUGCCAUCACGUGGUCAGGAGACUAACUGACCGUCGGGGUCGGGGCGUUGGUUGUCCAGCCAGCGAUGCGGUAGCCGACGAGGCUUGCGUUGCUUCUGGAAGGCGAUGACCUUCACACUGCCGGGCCAGGCCGUCGCCUGCCUUGCUGGCGGCAGGCUCGGGUGCGAAAUCUCUCCCCUCGGAACAGAUGCACACGUCACACUUGGCCGGAUACCCCUCUGCCACCACCUUACACACGCAUCGCGGUCCUGCCGAAAACACCUCUCGAGCCUCGAGUAACUUUAAGUCGGCGCGACAGCUGCAACCUAACACCAACUUUGUCACCUCCGGCUGUGCGAGGGACUCGCCCCGCUCGCUUUGCCUGCCGUCCUGCGUCCGGAAACUCGAUAUUUAAACUGGACCAGCUCUACGACAUGAGUCGUAAUCUGCUUCCUUUAGAACGGCAGCAAUAUCGACGCCAUAUGGCACACUCACCGGAAACCAACUGCGGUGCGUUGUAUGCUUUUUACUUUAAUAAAAACCCCUGUUGUGUUUCUGUUUUA